UUUCCCCCCAUCUCAACCCACCAUCUUCUUCUCCAAGGUUUGUCUUCUAAUUGCAAUAAUAUUGAAGUUCAUGGCGCCUAUGAGUUUGCCUCCCGGCUUCCGGUUCCACCCCACCGACGAGGAGCUCAUCGUGUACUACUUGAAGAGGAAGAUCAACGGGCGAAGGAUUGAGCUAGAGAUCAUUCCGGAGGUCGACCUCUACAAAUGCGAGCCAUGGCAGUUACCAGAGAAGUCAUUUUUACCGAGCAAAGAUCUCGAGUGGUACUUCUUUAGCCCGCGAGAUCGUAAAUACCCCAACGGAUCGAGGACGAACCGAGCCACUCAGGCCGGCUACUGGAAGGCCACCGGAAAGGACCGGAAGGUGAACUCGCAGCGACGGGCGGUCGGGAUGAAGAAAACCCUUGUUUACUAUCGGGGUCGAGCACCACACGGCUCCCGCACUGAUUGGAUCAUGCACGAGUACCGCCUUGAUGAUAUGGAAUGCGAGAAUGCUGCUGCGGGUUUACAGGAUGCAUACGCUCUGUGUCGCGUGUUCAAGAAGACUGAGCCGGGUCCUAAGAUGGUAGAGCAUUAUGGUGCUUCUUCUCAUCGAACAGCAGCAGCAACAACAACAACAACAAUCGAUCUCUCUGCGGAUACAAGAGGAAGCGAAGAGGAUCAAUAUUUUCAAAAUGGUUCAUGCUCGUCGAACGUAAUGAUACAUGGAACUUCUCCUUUUCAAAAUGGUCACACCACUCCGAGAUGCUUCUCUUACACUACUCCAUGGAAGAUGGAUGCCUCAUUGCAAUGCACCAGGCUCUCCUUGCCGGCUUUGGAGGCCGAGGACUUCCCUCACUUCGACUUCAACGACUCAAAAGUCUCACUGCAUUUCGAUAACAACUUUAAUAAUAACCAUGUCGAUAACGCCUUAGAAGAGAUCUUGUCCAUCUCCAACUACACUGACGACGAUCACAUCUGGGUCGGAACUAACUAUUCUCAUCUCGACGAGUUCACGUCUCUACUGGAAGGGAAUGAUGAAGCUGCUCGUGAUCAGUACUUUUGUCAAACGAGUACUGAGUGUGUUGUCGGGGAGCCAACAAAAACGGUUGAGAUUAUUGUUGGGGGUUUGCAGGAAGAGAAGGAAGUGCUGCAUUGCGAUCCAACAGAGAUACUUGUGGAAGAUGAGAAACUUGCACCGUUGCAGUUCGGAGAGGUGGAAGUUCAAGGUGAGGGUGGCUGCGUGGGCGCAGAGCCGAUCUUUUCACAGUGUCACGAUGACUUCGGCGUUGGGUUCGUCGGCGGCGGCGAGGCCUACGAGAAGGUGGAGUUCCAGCAGGGGCUGUUCGUGUCACACGCGGUCAUGUCCGACACUUUCUUCCACCGGGUGGAGCCUUCCAAGAAGGUCAGCUUGCAUUUGAAUCCGACGAAUAAGAGAGCGCGAGAGGCGGCGGCGAUGACGACGUUGGAGCAGGGAGAGGCGAGAUCCGGCGGCAACGGAGGCAGAGCCUCAUUUUUCAGCAAGUUUAAGGCGUUCGUGUGGGAGAAGCUUGUGGGGAAUUGCUCCUCGUCGUCCUUCGAUUGCGUCAGCGGGAGAGGCAUUUGGAGAAUGUUUUUCCAUGGGAACUUGCCGCUGCUCGCCUUUAAUCUCUCUACUGCUGCUGCUGCUGCUGCUGGUGCAUGCGAGAAUUGACCAUUGAUUUUAAAUGCAACUUGGAUACCAUGAUUUUAAUUAGCUGUGAUUAUUGUUUUAUUUGUAUCAUGUAGAAACAAAUUAUACAACUGCUUCACAAUUAUACUUGGGAACUGGCCCUAUGUAUG